UUUCCUCCCGUCUUUUCCUGCCGCCCAAGGCGUUUUGUUGCCACGUCUGUGAGUAGCAGUCCUCGGUAUACUAGUGAAACUUCAGAAGGUGUGUCUUUCGCAUCCUUAAAGAAUUAACGCCGUUACACCAUCUUUAUUUCUUAGGGAGAAAGUAUUUUACAUGUAUUCUAUAUGUUGCGUUUGGAUAGCAUUUAAGCUCAGGGGUAAACCACAGGAACUGGCAUCCUGCAAGUACGCAUCCUCACACCUGCUUCAGCACCAGUGCCACCACAGUUGUAGUGCUGAGGCUCAGGCAUUGUCGUUGUUAUUUUUCAUGCAAACUGGAAACAAAAGGUUCGAUGGAGACUGGGGCGGAAUGGGCCAAGAACAGCCCGAGACGACCAUCCGAGGAUGACAUGAUGGGCGGGGACCUUGGGGACGGCCUGGGCAUGAAGCCGGGGACACUGUAUGCCAGGAAGGAGGACAGGCGAGAUACGCUGGACCUGCAGUCUCCAGCGGUGCCAUCGAAUCGGUCCGGUGACAGUGGCACUGUGGCCUUCACUUGGACAUCCUGUGCAGCACUGCAGCAGGAGGAGGACGCUGAGCGGUCCUGCUCUCUAAGGAGACUUACUGGAUCACUUUGUGAUCCUUCCAAUGAGGAGCUGAAGACCCGACUCCAGGAAGUUACAGAGAAGACAGAAAUUUUGCGUUGUGAAUUGGAGGCCACUCAGCGUCACCUGGAGGGCAAACAUGAAGCCCUCAAGAUACUACAGAGUCGGGAAGUGAAUACUUUACAGUGGGAAAUCACCUUCAACCAGGAACGAUUUAAGAACAUUGAGCAGUCCUGGAAAGACAAGUAUGAAAGGAUGUGCAUUGAAAAUAAGACACUGAGUGACACUGUAGAAGAGACUGCAAAGAUGGUGCAGGAGCUGAGAUCAGAGAAUACCUUCCUGAGCCAGCGGUGCCUAGAGCUUAUGUCUUUGUUAAGUGUGGAACAGCAGAGAGCUUUCAAGGGGUCACUUCCUGUUUGCAGCGGCUUGGGGAGAGACGACACAGCAUUGGAACUGGCCGUCCUUGGGGCCUGCUGCUGCAGUGUCAGCGAGGGGGAUCCCUGUCUCUGUGCCAGGGCUGCAGCUACCAGCCGAAAGCAGGUGCUUCAGCUCACACAGGAGGUGGAGAUGCAGAGGAGGAGGAAGGAGGAGGCCUACAUGAUGGCAGAUGCAUUUCGUAUUGCUUUUGAGCAGCAGCUGAAGAGGAGGAGCGACCAGGUCCUCCGUCUGGCCGAGAAAGAAGGCCGCCUUUGCAAGGACGUUCUUGGCCACAGGGGAGAAAUACCAGGAUCUGUCAAGGUGGCACAGAAACUAAGAGGGAUGCUGCAGUCCACACCUGAGGGACAGAUUUCGAAUGACCUCCCUGACACUCUGCACCACCUAAUCGACCUGCUAAAUGACAAGGAGGAGGCUCUGGCGCACCAGAGGAAGGUCAGUUAUAUGCUUGCUCGAAACACAGCGGAAUUGGAGCAGCGGCUGCUGCAGCUAAAAGGGCCGGACUCUGGGAUGGCCGGUCCGAUGGCAGGGCUCGAGGCGGGGAACACUGAUGGGCGACUCUCCAAACGCCUUUCUGUUCCUCAUAAUCCAGGGGACAAUGCAGACACUCAGACACACAGGCAAAUAAAAGGGAAGCUCACAAUGGAACCAGCAUAAAAGAAAGAUUAUAUCAAUAUUAUAAUGACGCAAAUUUUGAAUGUGCCUGAGAUUUUUUUUUAUUCCGCUAAAAGGAACUGACCUUGACCUUUGGGUGUGCACCAUGCCAGUUGUCGGUAUUGAUGUGCAGCUUGUAAUUUUAUAACACUGGAGUUUAUUUUAAUGAAAUUUUUAUUUCUACAUUGAAGUUCUUGGUGCAUAAUGCUACUUGUUCUGAAAUCUAAUGAAUGUAAUGCAGGAUUUUUAUGUAUAAAAUGAUAAAACCAUGGAACUUUGACGUUAUCAACGGCAAAGUGAUUUUUACUUUUGUGAUGAAUAAACUUAAUAUAUUAAAUGAAGCAAUGUUUUGUCACAUCACAAUGUAUGUACAGUAUGACAUUUUUCUUACGCAGUAAAAAAUUCACAAUUG